AAAAAAAAUGCCCAUAUCUUCCCCACCCUUUCCACAAAUCCAAAUUCGACAUCGACACACCUCAACAGCUUAAUAAACUUUGCUGAUUGCCUUCCUUUAUUAUCCACCUAUAUAAAACAGGUAGUAAAAGAUAUGAAAUGUGAAAAAAUUGAUCCCCACCAUUUGUGAAGGCACGAGCAAUCCAUCCGAUUUCGAUUCUUCUCAAUCACAUCAUCAAUGGCGUCUUCAGUGCCCAAGGAAUCUCCUUCUAACAAUCCAGGACUUCAAGCUACUCCUGAUGAUGCUACUAAGGGUUACAUUAUGCAGCAAACUAUGUUUCGAAUCAAAGAUCCCAAACUGAGUUUGGAUUUCUACUCUCGUGUUCUUGGAAUGUCGCUUCUUAAGAGGUUGGACUUUCCUGAGAUGAAAUUCAGCUUGUACUUCAUGGGUUAUGAGGACCCUGCUUCAGUUCCAAGUGAUCCGGUGGACCGAACUGUUUGGACCUUCAGUAAGAAAGCUACUAUUGAACUUACUCACAACUGGGGUUCGGAGAGUGAUCCUGAAUUCAAAGGUUAUCACAAUGGAAACACGGAGCCUCGUGGCUUUGGACACAUAGGGAUCACCGUUGAUGACACUUACAAGGCGUGCGAGAGAUUCGAACAUUUAGGUGUGGAGUUUGUAAAGAAGCCUGCUGAUGGUAAAAUGAAAGGGAUUGCAUUCAUAAAGGAUCCUGAUGGCUACUGGAUUGAAAUCUUUGAUCUUAAGACAAUUGGAAAUGUUGCUGCUGAUGCUUCUUGAAGCUCGUUUCCAGGUAAAAACUUGGAUGCCUCGUAUUGUUAACUAGUGGAAUCGAGAUAUUCAAUAGCUGAAUGUUUGAAUAAGAGCUUUUAGCAAACGGCUUAGUUUGUAGGGAUAUAAUCACACAUGUAAUGGAGUCAUUCCAUAUGCUAUACUGAAGCCUUUACAUUGGGUAUAUGAUGUACUGUUCAGAUGAA